AUGGCUCAAUUGAUCGAUCCUGAUGUCAACGAAACGCUCGAUGAACCUAUCAUCCCGAACCCAACUUCCACUCGACGUGUAGCAAGUGCGGAUAAAGAUACAGACAGUAUGUCUCUGCCAAUUGGUAUCACGUCAGCUUCAGCAGUGACAUCCUCGGUGGCGCGAAUAUCAACCUCGGCGAUAGCUUCAGCCACAAGUGCUAAUGGUCAGAAUCCAGCUACUCCCCUCACCAGUACAGCAAAAUCUACCAUCAUUGCCUCAUCAGUACUACCCUCUACUUCUACUAUAGUAUCGACUUCGACAACACCUUCUACUUCUUUGAAGCCAAGUACCACUUCAACCACUUCAUCAGCUAAACCAACUACAACUUCGUCUUCGACAAUAGCUAAAUCAUCGACCACGUCCAAUAGAUCUUCUUCUUCGACGAGCAUCAGUGCCAAUGCCAGUAAGGCAUCGAGUAGCGCUAGUAGUUCCGCUACAAAAGCUGCUAGUGAGAAUGGGAAAAGCGGUAUUGCCGGCACGGGAUUAAGUCUUGGUGCAUUCGUCGGAAUCGUUAUUGGAGGGGUAGUAGCUCUGGUCUUAAUCGGUAUUAUCGCAACUAGGACUAUACGUAAAAAGCAGAGAAAGGACAGAGCUAAACGAAGAAGUGCGAUGUUUGAAUGGCCGUCAACAACGGGUAUGAACGAUGGGAUCAAUGAAGAGUACGAAAAACCAAGAUACGAACCACCUUCACAGUCAUAUGCCAUGUCAGAUGCUUAUCCCAAUACCAAUGGCAGAAGCGGAGGUGGCAACGGAUCUGUCUCAUACGUGACAAACGAAACUUCUUAUUCUCAAGUACCAUCUCUGCCUCCGACCAACCAAAGCUACAUGGAGAGGAAUAACCCUCAAUUCUCGUACGGAAAUCAAAGUCAAAAUCAACCUUCGUAUCCACCCCAACAACAGUAUCCUAAAUAUCAUGAAAAUAUCGUGCCUCCUUCUCUUGCUCCGGUAGUCCCUACGCAUACUGGUAAUGCCAGCUCAGGCUUAAGGGACGGUACAAUGGUCAGAGUUCAAGUUGGUUUUGUCAGAUCUCUGGAAGAUGAAUUAGCAAUUUCACCAGGACAACAACUAUACUUACAUCAAAUAUACGACGAUGGAUGGUGUCUAUGCGAAGAUUCGAACAAAUUCAAAGGUGUAGUACCAAUAAGCUGUAUUCAGCCUUUGUCGAAUAACGAUCACGGCUUAGCACCUAAUAUGAGAAGGGAGGGAAGUGGUGGAAGCGCAGGAAGCGCAGAGAGAUUACAGCGAAGAUCAAGUUUAUAUAGAGAGGCAUAA